AUGGAAGCAGCGCCAACCACUCCAUCGACAAGUGCGGUCCUGUUCACGUACGUGCAAGUGUUGAUGUUGAUGGCAUGGGUUGUGACGGUCGCAGGAAAAGAGGCGACAUCGCUAACCCGUAUACCUCGGUCGCCUUGUUGUGUAUGUACCCUCUCCUCCUUAUCGCAACGCAAGGCCUACCCGGUCGCCCUCGCCGGGCGCUGCAUCCACCACCGCCCGGGCUUCAUGGCCAACACCCUUCAGCAACCCCUAUCGUCACCGGCGUUUUGGGGUGGCCGGCAGCGGCCACGUCAAGCACCACGCCAGAGCUCCAGUACCCUCGCCCUAGGCUUAUCAUCUUUCUGCCCACCCGCGCUUGAACCCUCCGCAUCAGCUGCUACAACCGCUUGGCGAUCAUCGACUGGCAGGCUGUACGCAACAGAGUGUCCCAGGUAUCGACACGGGCCAUUGGUGACAUCCGCCGCUGUCCGCUACAGCGGUGGAUGCUUUAGCGGCGGCAUACGCUGCUUGAGCAGCCGCAGAAGCAGCAGCAGGAGCAGCAACACCAGCGGCGGCGAGGCACAAGAAGAAGCGAGGGAAACUAGCACUGCCGGCGCUACUGUUUCGACCAGAGACAAGGCACGAGCGGAAGGAGAAUUUGUCGGCCACGAAGACGAUGGAGAAGACCUUGGUACUUCGAUAGCCGGCGGUUCGGAGAUGGAGCCGUUGGUGGAGCGAGUAGCUUCAGCUCUGGAACAGCGCUGCAGCGUGUGCGGUGGCGAUUUAGUGCGUGUGUUUCGUUCCGUGUGUGUGAUUGGACGAAACGGCGUGGGGAUCCUUGUCAUUGCUCGUGUUUCAGUAUGGGUUUUUCGGGGACAUUCAAGCGUCCAUCCUGUGCUGGACAAGUGCCCAGAUCGUGAACCAAACCAGCUCCAAGCUCCGGCUUGCUAUUUUCAGGUUCUUGUGCUUGUCAGCGGCGGAAGCGACUCCGUUGCUCUCCUCCUCGCCCUCGAACGAGCUGCGAAGACCUUCCAGCCGCCCCUCCGGGUAGAAGCGGCGCAUUUCAACCAUGGUCUCCGAGGGAAAGACUCAGACGCCGACCAAGACUUGGUGGUGAAAAUGGCAGACAGCCUCCGGGUGCCCCUGCACGUUAGGCGCUGGAGAGGACCGGAAGAGGGGGGCACGGGCGGACCAGGGUCGGGUAUGCAGGAGAGGGCGAGGCGAUGGAGGCGUGCCGAAGCCAAAGACAUCCUCGCCAAGAGCAUGGCCGAGGCGGGGGCAGGGCGAGGAUGGAGGGGGGUGAUCGCGACGGCCCACCACAAGGAUGAUCAGGCAGAGACGGUCUUGCUCAAGGCCCUCCGGGGGGCGCACAUCACCAACAUUCAGGUGCGCCGAUGCUUCAGAGACGGGCGAGGGGCUGCAAUUUCUUGA